GCUCGGAUCUACGAUCCUCUAGGAGUAGCUGCAGCUUUCCUGAUUCGCGCCAAAAUAGAGAUGCAAAAACUGUGGUUAGAAGGACUACAAUGGGAUGAUGAAUUGCCGCCGAAUCUCCAAAUAACGUGGAUACGAUUCUUCCAAGAGAUGAACGACCUGAACAACGUCACCUUCGAAAGGUCUCUUACGCCAGAUUCCGUGAUCGGAGCGCCAGUACUAUGCAUUUUCUCGGACGCAUCGAUUGAAGCCUUCGGAGCAUGUGCUUACAUCAGAUGGGAGACAGAAAACAACACCUUUGUAACCAGGUUCAUCGCAGCAAAGUCAAGAGUAGCCCCACUGAAGUCGCUGACCAUACCUCGUUUAGAGCUACAAGCAGCUGUCCUGGCGACACGAUUAUGUUGUUCUAUUCUCGAAGAGUCUCGAAUGAAGUUUGUGAAGAUAAUUUUCUUCUCUGACAGCCACAUUGUUCUUUCAUGGAUCCGUAACCAACCCAGAGAGUUUAAGCCGUUCGUUUCAGCCCGAAUUGCCGAAAUCCAGAGCAAGUCUGAACCAGAUCAGUGGAGACACGUUCCUGGAGAGCUAAAUGUCGCUGAUGAUGUGUCGCGAGGAAUACCUGCUCUGCAACUGACAGGCAGAUGGAAGUAUGGCCCCGAGUUUCUGAAGUUACCGGAGGAAGAAUGGCCGAGCGAGUCGUCUUCUGCUACCAUCACUAAAAGCGUGGAUAUCGAUCAGUCUGAACGUCGAAAAGUUCAACCUGUCUUUCAAGUAACCCAAUCGCCAGAAGUCAUUCCGUGCAAGAAGUUUUCCAGUUGGGGGAAACUUAUCCGAGUCACAGCCUAUGUGUUACGGUUCAUCAACACGCUACGAAACAAGCAUCAAAACAAAGACAACACAGAAACGACCCGACCGAAAGACACCUCAGAUGAUAGAUCAAUCUCAGCAAAGGAGUUAGAAGAUGCCGAGUUGUAUUGGGUCAAACAAAGUCAGAAGUCACUUCAUGAUCGCCUGAAAAAGGGAGAACUGAAAGGACUCACCCCGUUUACCGAUGACAACGGAGUUAUCAGAGUCGGAGGUCGAGUAAGCGAAGCCGUAAUCUCGUACGAUGCCAAACAUCCAGUUUUACUCCCACGUGAACACUGGAUAUCCCUGCUGAUCACUCGUAACUUCCAUCGAAACGGCCACUCAGGAGUUGCAACAACCGUUGCAAAGAUCAAGAAAAAGUUUUGGAUUAUCCGAUGUCAUGAUCUUGCCAAGUCAAUAAAGUUCCGAUGCGUAUGUUGUCGCCGAAUCCAAGCCAAAACCGAGGAGCAGUUCAUGUCAGACCUACCAAUUACCCGACUGGAGCCAUUCACACCACCCUUUCAUCGCACGGCAUGCGAUUACUUCGGUCCUUACCAAGUUAAAAUUGGCCGAAACAAAACAACCAAACACUAUGGCGUACUGUUUACAUGUCUGAAUACUCGUGCCGUACACCUGGAAAUCGCAGUGGACUAUUCCGCUAUGGAAUUCUUGCAAACCUUACGUCGAUUUUCGCAAUCCGUGGACAACCGGCUCUGAUGAUCAGUGACAACGGGACGCAGCUGGUGGGAGCUCAACGUGAACUCCGAGAAAUGAUAGAAGGAUGGAACGAGAAAGAGUUGAAGGAAUUCAGCGCCGAGAAAGGAAUGGAGUGGAGAUUUAUUACUCCUGCAGCACCACAUCAUAACGGUUGUGCUGAGGCUCUUGUCAAGAGUUCGAAGAAAGCAUUAAAGAUCGCGAUUGGUGAACAAAUUUUGGCUCCGUUCGAGCUGUACACAUGCUUGCUGGAAGUUAGUAACCUGAUUAAUCAGCGUCCUAUUGGAAGGAUCCCCAAUGAUCCAGAUGACGGUUCUUUCCUUUGUCCAAACGACAUUUUACUUGGUCGAGCAUCAACAAUGGUACCACAAGGGCCAUUCAGAGAAACGAAGAAUCCUCAACAUCGUGUUGAAUUUGUCCAGAAGAUCAUCGAUAGUUUUUGGAAGCGUUGGAGCAGAGAUGUAUUUCCCACCUUAGUUCCCAGAAAGAAAUGGACUACUGAAAAAAGAAAUGUACGAGUGGAUGACAUCGUCGUGGUUCAAGAUACGAAUGCGAUUCGUGGAAACUGGACUACGGGCAGAAUUGUUAAUGUAUAUCCUGGAAAUGACGGACGAAUUCGUAACGUUAAGGUGAAGACAUCCACAUCGCACUACGAAAGACCUAUUACAAAAGUCGCAGUACUGUACCCUGCAGAAGGAUAUGAAGAUAAGUAACUCACAAUUAGUAACAUUAAGUGAUGAGGAAGAGUCCUCAUCGGGGGGGAGAGUGGAUUGACAGUUUAUAUACACGUGCGUAGACACGAAUGGAACUCAUUAUAAUUGAACUUUGAAACUAUGAUGACAAUAUUAGGUAUCAAAUAGCAAUCAUAGCAUUAGCAUAUAGACGCACAGCGAGACGGAAAAGGUGUAAAUAUAACGCAUGUUUUGUUAAAUAAGUAAAUGAAAGAAAGACGGGCUAACCUGAACGAUAAACGAUGAAAUAGACAGCUAAAGGAUCUCGCCACAGAAAUCGAAUUGUUAUUAUAUAAUUUAUAAUGCGAUUUGCGAGACUUCUUUGGUUUAAUGUCUGAGAUUACUUGCUAACCGGUCGUCUUGGUUCCGACGAAACAAUAUAUAUUUAUUUAUUGC